UCCGGCAGCGCUGCACAGGAAGAGGACGCUUCUGGAUUAUUAACGUUCAUUUUUAAUAUGUCUGAAGCUGAUGUGCGUUCAGUUUCAGUUAUGUGCGAUUAGUUGGACGUUUUACCGGUUUCCAGGCCGGUGAGUUGCUGAGACUCCGCUGAAGCUAUGAUGAGAAAAACAGCGGCUGGGCGUGUUUACACCUGCUAACAACACACGGCUCGGAUGUAGCGGGUUCACCUCGACUGCAGCUUCUCCUCAGAAGAGACAGCCACCUCUUCAUCAUCACACUCGGCCUCAGCCUGUUCUGUCGUCCAUCAUAUUAGUGGCUGCCCGAUGCCGAACACAUCAGAAAGUCAAGGAGCAAACCUGCCAGGGCCAGCGGAGCCGUCGGGGCUGCAGAGGGCUACAGACGGGGAGGAGGAGCACAGUCUGAUCAGCUCUCUGGCCCGGGACGCCGUCAGAGUGAGACGGGCUUCGAGCGCUGAGCUGCACCUGCCGUGGACCUGCCCCGUCACUCACUCCAGAGAGAAGUUCUACACCGUCUGCUCCGAUUAUGCCCUCCUCAACCAGGCUGCCUCUGUGUACCAUCCACCAUCCAGAGACGUGGUCCAACGCAAACAGGACGACGGGCCGCCGCUGGUGAAGUCCAAACCUUCAGUGGACUUCAGCACCGGCCAGACUGGGGGAGCUCAUGUGGGGUCAGACGGAGACUGCGACAUGGAGGAAGUUUCUUCUGGGAACACCAAGCCUAUUUUAGCCUGGGAGAUCGAUACAACAGACUUUAAUGCCGUGUUUACCAGAAAAAUAAGAACAAGCAACGGGAAGAAAUGCAGCAGCAAGAAGAUGAAGUCGUCAGAGAGACCCAGCAGGAAUCUGCAAGACGUCCCUCCUCAUGCCUCACUGGAAGAGAUCAAACAGAGAAAAGUGCUGGACCUCAGAAGAUGGUACUGCAUCAGUCGACCGCAGUACAAGACUUCAUGUGGAAUCUCCUCCUUAGUGUCCUGCUGGAACUUCUUAUACAGCACUCUGGGAGCAGGGAGUCUUCCGCCCAUCUCUCAGGAGGAGGCUCUGCACAUUCUGGGGUUUCAGCCGCCUUUUGAAGAAAUCAAGUUUGGUCCCUUCACAGGCAACGCUACACUGAUGCGGUGGUUCAGACAAAUCAACGACAAUUUCCGAGUGCGAGGCUGCUCCUAUAUUCUGUACAAACCUCACGGGAAACACAAAACGGCAGGAGAGACAGCUGAAGGAGCGCUGAUGAAACUGACACAAGGGCUGAAGGAUGAGACGAUGGCCUACAUUUAUCACUGUCAGAACCACUACUUCUGCCCAGUCGGCUUCGAAGCUACGCCGCUCAAAGCAGCAAAGGCUUACAGAGGCCCUCUACCCACUAAUGAAAUGGAGUACUGGAUCUUAAUUGGUGAACCCAGCAGAAAACAUCCGGCUAUUCACUGUAAGAAAUGGCUGGACAUAGUGACCGACCUCAACACACAGAAUCCAGAGUAUCUGGACAUUCGCCACACAGAGAGGGGCAUCCAGCGCCGCAAAACCAAAAAGGUGGGCGGUAACCUCCACUGCAUCAUGGCCUUCCAGAGGGUGAACUGGCAGAAACUCGGGCCCUGGGCGUUAAAUCUGGAGAACCUGCGGCACGACUUCCACCACUCCAGCGCCGAGCGAGCUCACGGCAGCGUCGCCGAGGACUCCGAGGAGAGAACGUCGUCCAAGCGGCUGGCCCACCUGGGACGAUCGCACAGUAUGGGGAGUCAGAAAGACAGCAGCUGGAAACGCACGUCCAACACUACAGAGUACAGACAGAGGAGCUCACCUGACAGCGACCUGGAAGAAGACAACACAGACUGAAAGGUUCACGGGACACAAAGGGGAGGAGGAACAGAAACGUUUUAGAGGAUAAGUCUGGUGUUCUUCUGUCACCAUAAACAACAGUCUGUUAGAGAAGAGGUUAUUUAACUGAUUUCAUUUGGUAAAAGGCUAAAUCGAUUCCUAAAUCAGUUGGACUCUGUAGUGUUUAGCAAAGGUUAUUCUGACAGGAGCAUUUGUUUGGACUGUUUUCAGCUGCAGAUUUAACAGCAGUGCUUUUGUUCAUUCUAAUGAAUGAACUGCCAGUGUGGUUCACUGAUGUGUUGCAGUUUUUGGGUGACAGUGCAGCCCUGUGGCACACGGGGAUUAAAAAUAUCAAGCUUUGGAUUAUCGUAUUCAACUUGUUAUUCUGACUAGUUCAUUGUUGUUUUGGUUGUUUCAUAAAUUUGUUGAGAGUGUAAAAAUGAUAGAACAUCACCAGACUUCUCCUUGAAUUUUUUUAGGACUGUCACAGGUUGAUUUAAAUCAUGUUUGAGGUCAUUUUAGUUUUGCUGCUAUAAAGAAAAUAUUAUAUUAAGUGUUUGUCAGUCAGUGUUGCUGAGCGUCUGUCUGAAGCGAUUUCUUUUACCACUUUCCUGCCUUGUAGCAGCAAACGAUGCACCAAAAACUGCUUUAAAUCAUCACCAAGGCAGCUACACCAGUGAGCCACAUUCAGUUACUAAACCAUGCAGCGGUGUGUGCAGCUUUAAAGCAGAUUUUCACCGUUUUCCAAGUCAACAUAGUAACAGGUUUAGCAACGUUCCGCCAGAAGUCGUCCAAAUAGUUUGGAGGAGCUAAACGGUUUAUUCAGCCCUUUGCUGUCUGUGUUUCCACCACAGUCUGAAGUGCUGAAUCAGGCACUUGACAUGACAAUAGAAAAUUGUGACAGCCAUAACUAAACUUUAAGGUAGACCUUCUCAUUGCAGCUCAAAAAUUCAGAUUCCUUCUUCUGCAGCUCUGUUGUGUCAGUAGACACACACACACACACACACACACACACACACACACACACACACACACACACACACACACACACACACACACACACACACACACACGAAACCUCAUUUGAAGCUGCAGGUUUUUACAGAAAAUGCUGUUUGUAUUUGACCAAUCAAAAACAUUUGAGCUCACAAGUCCUAGAAGGAAGUGAAAGUUGCUGCAUAUUUGGAAAAUGCCACUACAUAUGACCAGAGAACAAUCUCUCUAUAACAUUUAGACUCGGGCUGAUCAAAAUGCAUUUUGAAAUGAUGCAACAGGGAAAUCACAAAGACUGCAGUGUUCUGUAGUGAGUCUCACCCUCAGUUUAAACUGUCAUUUUAAUGAUUAGUGCUGUACUUUUGUGCGAGUCACACUUUUAAUGAUGUCUUAAGUAAUAAUGCUCUGUCACGUUUUAAUUCUAUUACAGAGUGAAUAUUGAACUGAAAUGUGACUUGAAAAAAAUUAUAUUUCAGAUCAGAUCACAGUAUUUGUCAGGAAAAUUGCAAAUACAUGUUUUUCAAGUCGUUCAGCCCUGGUCCUUCUGGUGGAAACACUAGUAGAGAAGCUGAGUUCCCCUUUAGGUUCGUUUGUUUGCUGUAAUCGUUCCUUCCAGCAGAGAGACCUGUUCAAAAAUCUGUUUCAGUGUAAACGAUUGGAGACAGAAUCCACAGAUCUGAUAGUGUGGGGGAAAAUAUACAAAGUUUAUCUGAAGAAAAUGUGAAGUUUGAGCAGCAGACUCGGUUAAAUCAAAAGAAUAUCUCCCAAAGUUAAACCUUUUUUUAGGGAUGCAAUAAAAAAAUAUUUCAGUGUUAACUGAAUACUUGUUUGGUCUAUAAAAUGUCAGAAAAUGGUAAAAAAAAAAAUGUAGAUCAGUGUUCCCCAAAGCCAAAGAUGAUGUCCUGAAAUGUCCCCAAAGAUAUUUAAUUUACCAUCGUAGAGGAAAGACAAAAGAAAAAAUUCUCACUGAACAAGCUGGAAUUACAGCAUUUUGACUUUAUUUCUAUUAAUAAAAUUUCCAAACUGAUAUUUCAAAAAUAGUUGGUAGUUCAUUUAAUAGUUGACUUUUUUUUUUUAGCACAAAACUACUUAUUUUUGUUCAUAUCUCCACUUAGUAAGGACAGACUGUCAGUGGAUCACACCAGCAGAUAAUCCUUCUAAAACCACUGCAGUCUCCUGUUAGCUUUAGUUAAAUGGUGGGAUGUAUCUUUGCAUGGGAGGACUGUUGGCUUGGUUCCACAUCACUUACACUUGACGUGCAUUUAAGACCUGUUAAUGGCCGAUAUGAACAAGAGAAAUGAUUUGUUGUGAGCCUUUCUCUUAAAUGGAGGUCUUUAGUCGGCUAAUGGAUCAGUUGCAGUAAAUAAUGGUAUGUGGCUUGGAAAAAAAAAUCUCCUGAUAACAUGUAGCAAGCACAAGAAUUCAGACAAAGCUGCUAUUUUAUAGGGCAUUUUGUUAACAGGGCAUCAAACUGUGGCCUCAAACACUGAGUUGGAUCAGCGCUGUUACAGUUUUAAAGAAUGAAGUAAAGCAUUUCUAUUAUUUUGUCCACCCCGUAUGUGAACCUAAAGAGGGAGAUUAGAUGUUCGUACAUUUUCAUUCCCUUCCACCACUGAUCACACACCUCUGACUUUUGUUACGGUUCUGUCACAUCAUCCUACAGUCCCUGCAGAGAUUCUGUAGAGUCCCAUAAUAUUCAGGUAGAGCUGCGUAGAAAACACACAACACACACUGUAAAUUCAGUUCAGACACACACGCUUCAUUGUACAGGUACAGUCGGUGGGCGUACUGUGGUUAGUUCAGUGGAAAUGCCGUCCAGUCAAAGUGUCGUGAAAGCAGCUGAUGUUUUGUUGUGCUUUGUGAAACCUCCAGUAGGACAGUAGAUGAUCCUGUUUUUAAGAAAGAUGAGAGCUGUACAGAAGUUGAAAUAAUCCAAAAUGUGAACCACAGAAAGUGAAGACUGCAUGGUUUAUUUUCAUGUUUAUGUAUAGACAUACGUUGUUCUUUUGUUCGCCCCUUUGUGGUGCCAUUUGUCUUUGACCAGCGCAGACGUGGUUGUGUACUCAAGUGGGUUUGAUGUAGUGGUUUAUUUAUUUAUUCCUUUUACAAUAAAAUACAAUUUUUAUAAACUUA